CGGACGGCUUCCAACUUACAAUGUGUACAAUUGUUAACUAAUUACUGAGUCUUCUUACAUACCAUUGGAGGUCAAACACAGCGAAUAAUUACCGCAAUGGCUCGGUUUAUGCCAUUAUGUGCUGCUGGGAAAGGCGUCUGGCAUGCCUACACCCGCACGCAAUAUCAAUCAGCGGUCCGGCAAAUUGCAGCUCAACCGACUCUCUGCUUGAACUUGGUUCGAGGAUAUGCGACGGAUAAGAAGAAAGGAAAGGGGUCACAGCCAAGUUCCGAGACUGAUAUUCGAAAAGUGAGAAACAUUGGAAUUAUCGCACAUAUCGAUGCCGGAAAGACGACGACGACGGAGAGAAUGCUCUUUUACAGCGGCUAUACAAAGAGAAUUGGAAAUGUGGAUGAGGGUGACACUGUCAUGGAUUAUCUACCUGCUGAACGCAAUCGUGGAAUUACAAUCACCUCUGCUGCCAUCUCGUUCGACUGGAACAGCCACAGAGUCAACCUGAUUGACACUCCAGGGCACGCAGACUUUACAUUUGAAGUGAUUCGGUCAAUCCGUGUUCUCGACGGUGCAGUGACAGUUCUUGACGGUGUCGAAGGUGUCGAAGCUCAGACCGAGAAGGUCUGGCACCAAGCCAAGAGCAUGGGCAUUCCGCGAAUCAUAUUUGUCAACAAGAUGGACCGCGAGGGCGCGGGAUUUGGUCGCACUGUGCGCGAAGUUGCGGGAAAGUUGCAGGCCAAGACCGCGGUUAUCAACAUGCCGAUGUUCAGAGCCGAGAUAGUCGACGGAAUGACGGUCGCGCGCUCGUGCGGAAUCAUCGACGUUAUUGAGAUGAAAGCCAUUGAAUGGGCGCCGAACACCGACGGACGAGAAUUCAAAGUUUUGGAGCUGACUGGCGAGCAUUUGGAAGAAGCUACGAAAGCGCGCGUCGCGUUGGUGGAGACGCUCGCAGAGCUUGACGAUGACAUGAUUGAAAAGUUUCUAGAGGCCGAUGACGAUCAUAUGGCGAUAGCGUCGGCGGAUAUCAAGAAAGCUUUACGUCGCUGCACACUGGCAAACAAACUAGUUCCCGUACUCAGCGGAGCCAGUUUCAGAAAUAUUGGCGUGCAGCCACUUUUAGAUGCUGUGAUCGAUUACUUGCCGUCCCCAGCCGAUCGUCCGUCUCCGAUUAUGAAAUCCACAGAUCCAAAGAUACCCGAUGUUCCGUUAGCCAAGGCAGGAACAGGAAGCGCGCUGGCGUUCAAAGUUAUUCACGACGGUCAUACAGGGAAAAUCCUCGUCUUUGUCAGAGUAUACUCCGGCACGCUUAUAACGCAUUCCAAAAUCUUCAAUACCUCGAACCGCACCGAGGAGCGGGCUCUACAACUCUCGCGGAUGUACGCCGAUUCGUCUGUUAGAAUCGACUCAAUCCCAGAAGGCCAUAUCGGUGUGAUUUCCGGUACCAAAGAGGUUCGGACUGGCGACACAAUCAUAUUUUCAAGCAAGGGUCAAGGCCCCUCUAUCCCGCAGAAUCAGCUGCGGUCAAUGCAGCUGCUUCCGAUCGACAUUCCUUCGCCUGUAUUUUUUGCCUCGAUCGAGCCGCGAACGGCGUCCGAUCAAAAACCGCUUGACGACGGUCUUGCGACGUUGCUUCGCGAGGAUCCUAGUCUACAGCUCUCUGUCGACGACGAAACCGGUCAAACCCAGCUGAGCGGCAUGGGUGAGUUGCAUCUCGAAAUCUCCAGAGACCGACUGAUCAACGACCUGAAAGUCAACGCGCAUGUGGGCAAAAUCCAGAUCGCGUACAAGGAGAGCGUCGACCCGCGAUAUGUGCAGAGUACGCCGGCUCGAUAUGAGUAUUCCCGUGUCCUCAAGGCCGGCAGCGUAUCUGCAGCCGCGACGGUCUCGAUCCGGGGUAUUCCUGACGAUCUCGAGUUUGCGGAUGACAGCCUCAAGGCCGAGCUUGCGCGGUCGACUCAGCUACCGGAAAAUAAUUACUUGACGUUACCAGAAGGGUAUGAGCUCUCACAUUCAAAGAUCGACAUCAAGGAUCUAAGGACUGCUCUUCAAAAUGGUGUCUCCUCAGGUCUCUUCCACGGGAAGAAGUACGGUCUACCGGUACAUUCCGUGCUGGUCUCCGUCUCUGACAUUGAACUCCCCUUAGACCUAGACUCUGCCGCUCCACUUGCGCAAGCCUUGCGGUUUGCGAUAUCAGCCGUGAUGGACUCCGUCCCGGAGGAGUCUAGGAAUCUGAUGGAACCCGUCAUGGACGUUACCGUGAUUGUCGACGACGAGGAUAUCGGCUCCGUGAUGUCUGAUAUCUCGUCCGCCAGAUCAGGCCGCGUCUACGCUCUUGAGGAUGAAUCUGCAUCGAGACCUACCCAAGACGACACAGAGUACAUCGACCCGAACCUGGUCUACUCACCCCCAGACACGACGCUUCAUCUCAGCAAGCACAAUCUGCGCCGAACGCUCGACAAGAAACUGAUUAAGGCCAAAGUGCCUCUGAACGAGAUGGUGGGAUAUCUCAAGUUUCUGAGGUCAAUGACGCAGGGCCGUGGCUCGUUUGUUAUGGCGUUUGAUCGUUACGAGCGAGCUUCUAAGGAUCGAACGGAGUCCAUUUGGGCAAAACAGUACGAGUAGUUGGAACCGAUGUAUUUGUAAAUGAUAGAAAGCUCGAAUUACGCAGAGCGUCUUGUACA